GAACCCGCGAACACCAUAUCAACUGAAAGAAGCCCUUAUCAUGAAAUCCUGCUGUAUCAUCGCCGCAGCGACAGUCGCCAUCCUGGUCAAGGCUGAACAUGUUCCCGCUGGCCAUGGUAUGAAGCAGGAACCACCCAACAAGACAUCUUCUUUGAGCACGGUGACCUCAAGCGAUAUCAGUAUACUUCCAAAAGCCCGGGUUCUCGAGGACAGCAAGGAUUUGGGGAAUGAAAAUGAAGCGCGAGCAGGGCCUAAGCUUGACAGGGUGGUUUCGGACCUACUGGAUGAUGCGGUCAGAGCUGCGAAGCUAUCAAGGACAAAGUCGCUAUCUUCUCUGCACAAACCUGAGACGCUAGUGGAGAGUCAAAAAUCGAUCAAGGCACAGCUUAGACCGCUGCUUGAGGAUUUUGCAACAGUUGAGAAACUGACCCCAACUGAAGCUGCGACCAAGUGGGGCAUUUGGACGCUAUUCAAGACGAAGUCGAUGGAGGAGCUGGCUAACCACCCGGACUAUUUGUUAUGGAAGGUAUACACGAAGUACUGGAACAAAUACCACUACUCGCCAGCUUAGUCACGUUCUCCACUACCGAAACAAAACCAGGGACAACAGCUAUUGACAGCUGCAAUCUAAUAUUUCAGUCUGGAGAAGGGAUUUUUUUUCUCGACUCUAUAAUAGUGAUUGAAACACAAAUUAUUUGAAUUUCCA